AUGACCCGACCAUCGGACUCUAUAGAAGGGAACCGCGUGCUGUGCGUAACACCGACCUCCACCGCUGACACCGAACCCUCAGACAAGAAGAUGGGCGGCGAAGAACAUGAACUCUCCGGCCGCGACGGCGCGACGAUACAAAUGACCGAGGAAGGAAUUGGGGGCGAGAUAAGGACAUACCGCACGUAUAAGAGGAGGUGGUUCGGGUUGGCGCAAUUAAUGUUACUGAACAUUGUCGUCAGCUGGGAUUGGCUCACCUUCGCUCCCGUCGCCGAAUCCGCCGCAACAUAUUACAACGUCUCCCAAACAGCCAUAAACUGGCUCUCCACAGCCUUCAUGCUCGCCUUCCCCGUUAUCGCCCCCCUCACCAUCAAGAUCCUCCACCUCGGCCCCCGCCCCUCCAUCAUGGCCUCCGCCGCCCUCGUCCUCGCCGGCAACUGGAUCCGCUACGCCGGCUCCUACAAGGUCGAGCCCUCGGGCGGCAUCUUCGGCGUCGUCAUGUUCGGCCAGAUCCUCACGGGGCUGGCGCAGCCGUUCGUACUCGCCGCGCCCACUAGGUACUCGGACAUGUGGUUCACGACGAGGGGGAGGGUGGCGGCUACGGCGGCGACGAGCUUGGCGAAUCCUCUGGGGGCGGCGCUGGGGCAGUUGAUUGUGCCGGAGUUGGUGAAGGGGGGGAAGAGUGAGCAGGUGUCGAAGAUGGUGCUCUACGUUGCCAUAAUCUCCUCCGUCGCUAGUAUCCCUUCCUUCUUCAUCCCCGCAGCGCCCCCAACCCCCGUUGCCCCCUCCUCCGAACACCCCCGUCCCUCCUUCCGCGCCUCCCUCCGCGACAUCUCCCGCUCCCUCGAACUCUGGCUCGUCCUUCUAGUCUACUGGUUCUACGUCGGCCUCUUCAACAACAUCUCCACGCUCCUCGUGCAAAUGAUGAAACCUUACGGCUUCUCCGAAGACGAGGCGGGAAUAGGCGGCGCUAUCCUCAUCCUCGUAGGCCUCGUUGCCUCCGCCAUCGUGUCCCCCAUCCUCGACCGCACCAAGUCCUUCGUCCUCGCCAUCAAGCUGCUCAUCCCCGUCAACGGCAUCGCGUACCUCGUCUUUAUCUGGAUGCCCCGUACUCGCGAGAUCGCGGGGCCUUAUGUCAUCCUCGCCCUUAUCGGCGCCACGGGCUUCUCUCUCGUCCCUUGCGCGCUCGAACUCCUUACCGAGCUGAGUUACCCCGUUAGUCCUGAGGUUACGUCCACCAUUGCUUGGUCUGGCGGACAGCUUCUCGGUGCUGUUUUCAUCAUCGUGUGCGGUGCCCUCGCGGACGGGAAGGACGCCGAUCCGCCUGAGAAUUUGGAUCGCGCGCUUAUUUUCCAGGCUGUUAUGGCGUUGGUGGCCGUUCCGGCGCCGCUUCUUUUGGGACUCUUUGGGCGGAAGGAGAAGAUUCGUUUGAGGAGGGUAAAGUCUGAUGAGAGGGGUCUAAGAAUCGUGACGACUUGA